CCCCCCCACCUCAUGGUGUCUCUGGACUUCAACCAUAUAAUAUAUAUACAAACUGAAAUGUAAAUUGACCCUCUGCAACCAAUGACCUGAUCAUCAGUUAGAUCCUUUCACUCAAAGCCUGCUCCAAUUUUCUUUCUAACCAAUCAUGACUCUAGAAAUUCAAUCCCACAUCCCACAACCACCUAUAACCACCACAGACACAACUCCACCACCACCCACAGACACCCCCUACCAACUCCCCACCACCACCGCCGCCGCCGCCGCCGCCGCCGCCUCUUCCAAGAAACUAACCCUCAUCCCCCUCAUCUUCCUCAUCUACUUUGAAGUCGCCGGCGGCCCCUACGGUGAGGAACCCGCCGUCCAAGCCGCCGGCCCCCUCCUGGCCAUCCUCGGCUUCCUCAUAUUCCCCUUCAUUUGGUCCGUUCCUGAGGCCCUCAUCACCGCCGAGCUCGCCACCGCCUACCCCGGCAACGGCGGCUUCGUCCUCUGGGCACACCGCGCCUUCGGACCCUUCGCCGGUUCCCUCAUGGCCACCUGGAAAUUCCUCUCCGGCGUCAUCAACCUUGCCGCUUUCCCCAUCCUCUGCAUCGACUACCUCGAGAAAAUUUUCUCCGUCUUCGCCUCCGGCCUCCCUCGCUACCUCGCAAUCCUCUUCUCCACUCUCGGGCUCUCCUUCCUCAACUACACCGGCCUCACCAUCGUCGGCUACGCCGCCGUCGCACUCGGCAUCGUCUCUCUCCUCCCCUUCAUCCUCAUGUCCUUAAUCGCCAUACCCAAAAUCAAACCACACAGAUGGGGAAGUUUAGGCCAAAAGGGUGUGAAGAAGGAUUGGAAUCUGUUCUUCAACACCCUGUUCUGGAAUCUAAAUUUCUGGGACAAUGUCAGUACUCUCGCCGGCGAAGUCGACCAACCCAAGAAGACUUUUCCGGUGGCUCUGUUCACCGCCGUGAUUUUCACUUGUUUGGCUUAUAUAAUCCCUCUCUUGGCCGUGACCGGGUCUGUGACGGUCGAUCAGAGCCAGUGGGAAACUGGGUUUCACGCCACCGCGGCGGAGAUUAUCUCCGGCAAGUGGUUGAAGAUCUGGAUUGAGAUCGGAGCUGUUUUGUCGGCGAUCGGAUUGUUCGAAGCACAGUUGAGCAGUAGUGCUUACCAAGUUCUGGGUAUGGCGGAUUUAGGUCUUUUGCCCAAGUUUUUCGGGGUGAGAUCGAAAUGGUUCAACACGCCAUGGGUUGGGAUUUUGGUGUCCACUGCGAUCACACUCUCUGUUUCGUACAUGAAUUUCACGGAUAUUAUAUCGUCGGCGAAUUUCUUGUACAGUUUGGGGAUGUUGUUGGAGUUUGCAUCGUUUGUUUGGUUGCGGAGAAAGUUUCCGGCGAAGAAGCGGCCGUACCGUGUUCCGAUGAGGCUGCCGGGACUGGUGAUGAUGUGCUUGAUUCCGUCUGGGUUUUUGGUGUUGAUUAUGGCGAUAGCCACCAAGACUGUAUAUCUGGUGAGUGGGUUGAUGACUGUGGGUGGAAUUGGGUGGUACUAUUUGAUGAAGUUGUGCAAGACAAAGAAGUGGUUUGUGUUCAGCAAUGCCGAUGAACUUGAGAUUGAAGAAGACGAGUGAAGAUGAUGGAGAGAGGUUGGUUUGUAUUUUACUAGAAUUUGUCUCAUUGUAGAAAAAAAUAUACAACGUUUGAGGUGUAAAAUUCAGACCUUUAUGUGCAUAAAUUGGUAUAAUUGGUUGAAAUGGAUGGAGAUCAGCAAUAUUGUUUAGUAAAAA